GAUGGGCGGUGGAGCUUCCUGUCUCUCGAUGUGAUGGGCUUGGCCGCGGAGGAGGGGCAGCGAGAGCAUCAGCAGCAGGCAGCGGCGGGACCGGUCCCGGGACGUCUGUACCUUUCCUGGACGAUGCACAGCUGAGUGGUGGCGAGCUAGUCCCUGGCGGGCUGGGUGUGUCCUGCCCCAGCCAUGAGCGACCUGAGCAAGACCCUGCAGAAGUGGAACGCAAGCUUCAGGAAGGGCACGGACUUCGACUCGUGGGGGCAACUGGUGGAGGCCAUAGAUGAGUAUCAGAUAUUAGCCCGGCAGUUACAGAAGGAAGCGCAGACGCCGGCCAACUCGUCUGACUUCACCGAGGACCAGAAGAAAACAAUUGGAAAAAUUUCAACAUGCCUAGAGCUGCGCGGCGCCGCCCUGCAGUCCACACAGUCUCAAGAAGGAUUCAAGCUGGAGGACAUCAAGAAACUAGAACCAAUACUGGACAACCUCCUGACAUACAAUAAAGAAUUCCCCUUUGAUGUUCAACCUGUUUCUUUAAGGAGGAUUUUAGCUCCAGGAGAAGAAGAGAAUUUAGAAGUGGAGGAGGAGGAGGAAGAGGAAGGAGGCGCUGGGGUCGGCUCUGCGGACUCUAUCCCUGCUCGAGUACCUGGAGCCAUCCAAGGAACUCUCCUGCCCAGACUGCCCUCCGAGCCUGGCAUGACCCUCCUCACCAUCAGAAUUGAGAAAAUUGGUUUGAAGGAUGCUGGUCAGUGUAUUGACCCCUACAUGACGGUCAGCGUGAAGGAUCUUAACGGCAUUGAUUUGACGCCCGUUCAGGACACGCCCAUGGCGGCCAGGAAGGAGGACACAUACGUGCAUUUUAAUGUUGAAAUUGAAAUCCAGAAGCAUGUUGAAAAACUUACGAAAGGGGCCGCAAUUUUUUUCGAGUUCAAGCACUACAAGCCGAAGAAGCGUUUUACAAGCACAAAGUGUUUUGCCUUCAUGGAAAUGGAUGAAAUCAAAUCAGGCCAGAUAGUAAUAGAACUCUACAAGAAACCGACAGACUUUAAACGGAAGAAACUGCAGCUGCUAACCAAGAAGCCACUGUAUCUCCAUUUACACCAGACAUUGCACAAGGACUGACCACUCUGCCGUCUUCCACCUCUCUACCCCAUAGAAGUGUCUCUCGCGGGUCGCGCUCCUCCAGGACGUACUGGUGCCAACCCUGCAGCGUGACGUCCCACAGCAAUAAGAGCCCACAGGACCCCAGCCAUCUGCCCACAAUAGAACUUUGGUGACCGGUUCACUUCUGUAUAUAACUCAUCACACGCUGCGGCCAGAGCCUCCACCGGCAGCAGUGGGUUGUUUGUUGUUUUAAUCCCCCGUUUCCGCAUCAUAACUAAAAUAAUUGCCAUUGAAAAAAAAAAAUCCUGAAUUUUA